AUGGCCCAGGUGAGGACUGCUGCGUUCCCUGGCCGUGGCACACCUCAUAUAACUCCCCCUACUCCUCCCAGCCUCCCCGUCGCGCGCUCGUGUCUCUACUUACCCGGCUGGGAAGCCCCUCGCCUAUGCGGCGCCCAAGAAGAUUCAACACGGUCGUCCUCGGAGGUGCGCACGCGUCCUGCUCGCACUCACUCUCCCACCUCUUACCCGUCCGUAGCUGGAGGAGUCGGCAAGUCCGCUCUUACAAUACGCUUCGGCCGCGACGAGUUCAUCGAGCGGUACGACCCUACAAUCGAAGACGAGUACCACUGUAAUCUCAUCGUAGAUGGCGAACACUUCAAAAUUGACAUUGUGGAUACGCCCGGGGUCGAGCAGUUUACGGCGUUAAACGAGCGCUAUCUGAAGAAUGGAAGCGGGUUUCUUCUCGUCUUCAGCCUCACAGAAGAAUCUAGCCUCAGAGAACUCGAUGUAGUCAGGCAGCAAAUAUACCAGGCCAAAGGCACAGAUGGCAAUGUCCCCAUCGUUGUCGUUGGUACCAAGCUGGACCUGACCAGCGAGCGGCAAGUAUCCAGAGCGACGAUUCAAGCGUAUGCCGAACGAUGGAAACUGCCAUUCUACGAAACUUCUGCUAAACGCAACUGGCAUGUAGCGGAAGUAUUCGAAGACCUUAGCUACGGUGGCAGUGGUGGCUAUGGCGGCGGCGGUAGUUACGGUGGAGGCGGAGGUGGUGGUUAUGGUGGUGGCUUUGGCGGAGGAGGAUAUUCUGGUGGAGGAGGCUGGGGUGGCGGCGAAGAUAGAAUGGGUCAUUUGGGGAGCGGCUUGCGCACCGUUGAUUGGAGUGCGCACAAGCUUGAGCGAUUCGAGAAAAACUUCUACAUCGAGGACAAGCGGGUAGCUGCCCUCAGCGACAGAGAAGUCGAGGAGUUCAGACGAACUAAGGAGAUGAAAGUUCAAGGCAGGAGUGUUCCUAGGCCCGUUUCCUCUUUUGAUGAGCUUGGUUUCCCUGAGUACAUUAUGUCGACUAUUCGAGCACAGGGCUUCCCCGCUCCUACACCGAUUCAGUGUCAGGCGUGGCCUAUGGCACUCUCGGGCAGAGACGUCGUUGCCAUCGCUCAGACCGGUAGUGGGAAGACCAUUUCUUUUGCCCUUCCUGCCAUGCUGCACAUCAAUGCCCAACCGUUACUGGCGUCUGGUGAUGGGCCUAUUGCCUUGAUAUUAGCACCUACGCGUGAGCUUGCUGUACAAAUUCAGCAGGAGUGCACGAAAUUCGGGUCGAACUCGAAGAUUCGCAACACCGCUAUCUACGGUGGUGCUCCCAAGGGUCCUCAGAUCCGCGAUCUGCAACGAGGUGUCGAGAUUGUGAUUGCAACCCCGGGGCGACUCAUCGAUAUGCUUGAGACGCAAAAGACGAAUCUGCGACGUGUGACAUAUCUAGUCAUGGACGAGGCCGAUCGCAUGUUGGAUAUGGGUUUCGAGCCUCAGAUCAGGAAAAUUGUCGGUCAAAUUCGUCCCGACAGGCAGACUCUGAUGUUCAGCGCCACCUGGCCAAAGGAUGUUCAAAAGCUUGCCAAUGAUUUCCUGAAAGACUUUAUUCAGGUUAACAUUGGAUCGAUGGAACUCACUGCCAACCACAAUAUCGCGCAGAUCGUUGAAGUUUGCAGUGAUUUCGAGAAGCGUUCUAAAUUGAUCAAGCAUCUGGACCAAAUCAGCCAGGAGAACGCCAAGGUUUUGAUCUUUGUAGGCACCAAACGAGUGGCAGACGACAUUACCAAGUACCUUCGGCAAGACGGAUGGCCGGCGUUGGCCAUCCACGGUGACAAAGAACAACGUGAACGCGAUUGGGUGCUGAGCGAAUUCAAGGCUGGGCGCUCACCCAUUCUGAUUGCUACGGAUGUGGCGUCGCGUGGUCUCGACGUGAAGGAUGUUGGAUAUGUCAUUAACUAUGACUUCCCCAACAACUGCGAAGACUACAUCCAUCGUAUUGGUCGUACAGGACGUGCCGGUAUGAAGGGAACUUCGUAUACUUACUUCACUACCGACAAUGCCAAGUCCGCGCGGGAGUUGAUUAGUAUUCUUCGCGAGGCAAAAGCUAUUGUUCCUCCUCAAUUAGAGGAGAUGGCCAUGUAUGGCGGCGGUGGUGGCGGUCGUAGCCGAUAUGGCGGCGGCGGCGGAGGGCGUGGUCGCGGUGGAGGCGGUGGCGGUGGCGGCGGCGGUGGCAGGUAUGGUGGUCAUGAUAAUGGCUAUGGUGGAAGGAAUGAUCGCUGGUAA